AUGGAGGUUGCUGGGAAUGAAUUGCUGGCGUUGAAUGAUCUUCUCACGGGUAUUCAGAAUGCACAAGAUGACUACGAAGAGCAAAACCAAACACAACAGGUCACGCCACAUACCCUUAGUGGAGCUGAUAAGCUACCAGAAGUGACUCGGCCUAUCGGUCAGAUCCGUCAGGAAGAUCCCAAAGCGAUCUGGUCGAUGGAUGAAGUCCCAAGCGAUGACGAAGAUGACGAUUCCUUCGAGACUCGAGCACGUCCCAAAUUUGAGAUUCUCUACAAGCAGAGUGUCAUGACGGAGGACGUUUUCCUCGGACUGAGCGACAAGGAUCCGUCGUCAGCUCACUGCGAGGCGAUGGUGGUGCGCGUGGAGUGUCCUAAUCACCGCCUCGAAGAUAUUGAACUGGACGUGAAGCGACAGAAGCUGUUGCUAUUGUCGUCGAAGUUGAAGCUCGUGUUGCAUCUGCCGUAUCCAGUGUGUCACCUCGAAGGUCAAGCAAAAUGGGACCACAAGUCUCAGUCCCUCUCCGUCUCGCUCCCAAUUAUUCGAGACGAAUGCCAGUCAGAGGCCACUCACACACUUUUACCGUUGUCCAUGGCGCUGCUGUCGUCUCCGCGGCUCGAGGCCGUCCGCCUCAUCCGCGAGCAGCUCAGCUGUACAUUAUGUGGUAAGAUAUUCCAGGACCCGCAGUGUCUCGACUGUAAGCACAACUUCUGCCUCCAGUGCAUCCUGUUACACCUCAAACAGAACAAUUCCCACUGUCCAAUAUGCCAAUUACCUACGAGACCUAGUGAAGUGACUCGGAAUCAGUUCUUAGAGAGCAUUCUGGCUGCCUGGAAUGGCGUGGAGACGGAACUCGAGGCUCUGAACGGAGAUCCAGCGCUACAUGCCACCAAAAUUACAGUAUACGACACAGAUAAGGCCCUCCAUCGAGCUACCAGUGGCUCGGGUACUGCUGGAGCUUCUACUGUGGAUAACGAGGAGGAAAAACACAAGUCUCGAGGCCCAGUAGCCAACAACAAGUGGAACAUUGACACACAGGAGAUUCGACAGGAACUCAAGCUGGAACAACCGUAUUUGCCGCAAAACUAUGGCUCAAGACAGGGUAGUACCGCUCAUUGGAAGAAAACAAGCAGCAGCGACUUGCCUGAUGACUAUGCUGGGAGCGCGAGUGCGAGAUACGGGGAAGAAAAUAGAAGCAAUGGCAGGAGGAGUGAGAAAUCGUCUAAUAUGUCACUGGCUGAAGAUUCUGAAGAGAAGACACAGAUGAAUGGACAUGCUGAAGAAGAGACGCAGAAUGACGGAUUCUUGUCAACACAGAUGAACAGUUUAAUGGCGACGCAGGAGGUGGAGAGUUAUCUCGAUCGGAUUACUAAGCAGAGAGAGGCGUUGAGUCAAUGGGAACGGAAUCAUCAAGGAAAGAGUGACGAUAACUCGUCGCUGCUGGAUCUCGAGCGCUCUCUACACAGCAGUAAUAGUUUUGAUGAGCUGCUUAAGGAGAGACGAAAAGAGUCGCAACAUGAUGAAGACGGCGACUUAUUGACGCAGAUGACCCAGAUGACGCAGAUGCCGCCAGCUACGAGCACACUGGAGUCACCAGACCUACUGGCCACGUUCCGACGGCAUACAGACAGCGAUCGACGGCCAGCUAAGCGGAGAGUUCUGCUGUCGUCCCCACUGCCAUUACAUCCUCGAGGUCGAAUACCUUCGCCGUCACGGAAGAGACUACGAAUGCCUACGCCUCAGGAUAAAAAGUACCAGACGUAUGGACGCGGCUCUGCGGCGGCUAUCGAUCUGUCUCGAGUUGAUUCAGAUGAGGAUAAUGAAGUACCGGACAGUCAGCCAGCAAUGGUACUACCGGAUCAAGAGUAUAAGUCAUCGGAUGAUAGUAGUGGCAGCGAUGAUGAUGAUGGAGACGAGGAUUAUAAAGAAGAGUACGAGAUGAAACCUGCAGUGCCGCUACCGUCAUCGCCCGAACACAAGAGCUCAACCUCUGAUCGACACGAUGCACGGUUAAGAACUUCGCUACCUCGCAAGAAAGAGCGCGUCAGUGAUGAUUUCCGUAGUGCCAUCACAGCUUUUCAGUCUGAAGAGAAGCGCGUCGAUAGUCCCAAGUCCCAAGCAGCAAAGCAGCUAGUGUCGUCUGCAUCCCACGCCAAAAAAGCAGCUAAACCAGAGGCAAGGGAAAAAGACACAAGACCAAGCUCAGCUGGAAACCUGAAGCCUCCCGUACAUUGUAGCAAGCCGCAACGAGUGGCCAGUAGUGACACUGGCUUUGUCUUUGUGAGUUCUGAUCUCGCCCGUGAGGAGGUGAAGCGCGUUCUGGAGGCAACUCAGCGACUAGGAGGCAAGUUUGGACACGACUUUGAUCUCAAACGUGACCCAGUUACAGGUCAUUUCUGUACAUCUGUGACGCAUUUGAUCACCAAGGCUGUGCCUCCUAUUGGCGCCAGUAAUGGAGCAGACCCAGACGAGUUGCGAUGCAAACGCACGGCCAAGUACAUGCGCGCAUUAGCUGAAGGAAGCUUCGUGAUGGAUUUCUCGUGGGUCACUGCCAGUCUCGCAGCGGGCAGAUGGCUAACAGAAGACCCAUUCGAGAUGAUCGGAGACAUCUAUAGUGACGCAGUGGGGAAGCCACACGAAGGGCACAUCCGUCGUGUACAAACUGGAAGACGCAACAGCAUUUUCAGUCUCUUUUGCUUCGUGUUGCUCGUGUCGGAGAAGGAGUUCGACUUUCAGUUCGCAUCUGUGAAAGCUCUGGUUAAUAACUUUGGAGGGACUGUCGUACACGGUGAGAACUUCUCUAAGCUUAACUCGAAGCAGCGUUCACGUCGCACUCCAGUCGGCGUGGUGUCCAAGACUACAUUGCCUUCUGAUGCCAAAGCCAAGUGGCAGCAGUUCCAGAUCCCCAUUGUGCGCAUUACCUGGAUCUUUGACAGUGUGAGUCACCUUGAAGUGCUGCCGUUCGACGACUACUACCCGUAUUAAGGUCUGAAUUUAUACACUGGAAAGCGUGUCAGAUGCGUUGGUUUCUUCUUAAAAGGCCUAUCAUAGUCUGCUGUCCUAAGCUCG